CCGGCCUGAGGGGGCGGCCCGGCCGCGUUUGGCGCCAUGGCCGCCAUGGAGCCCGAGCGGCUGCGGCGCCGCCUCGGCUCCGCGUUCCGGCUGCGGGGGCUCGUCCUGCGCCCGGAUGCCCUGAAGUAUCUCACUGAAGCUUUCCAGUCCACCAGUGAGGGGGAACUUGACGAUAUAAUUGAAAAUGUCAUCGAUGCCGUUGAAAAACAGCCUUUGUCAUCCAACAUGAUUGAGCAGCCCCUGGUGGAAGCAGCUGUCCAGGAAUGCAGCCGGGCUCCGGAUGAGGCCAUAGAAAAUGUUUUCAACAUUAUUGGAGCCUUUGACAUUCCACGUUAUAUUUAUAAUUCAGAAAGAAAGAAGUUUCUGCCCCUGUCCAUGACUGACCUGCCCAGGCCCAGUUUAUUUGGGACUGCCAGGGACAAGGCGGAGCUGUUCCGGGAGCGCUACUCCAUCCUCCAGCAGAGGACUCACAGACAUGAGCUGUUCACUCCUUCACCAGUUGAUGCUCAUCCUGAUGAUAGCAAGAACAAAUUCCAGCUAAAGACAGUAGAAACUCUCCUGGGCAAUCCAGCUAAAGUGGGAGAAGUGAUUGUGCUUGGGAUGAUCACUCAGCUCAAGGAGGGGAAAUUUUUCCUGGAAGACCCCACAGGAGUGGUCCAGCUAGACCUUAGUAAAGCACAGUUCCACAGUGGGUUAUACACUGAAUCCUCCUUUGUUCUGGCAGAAGGUUGGUAUGAAGAUGAAGUUUUUCAUGUGAACGCUUUUGGAUUUCCGCCCUCUGAGCCUUCUGCCACCACGAGAGCCUUCUAUGGGAAUAUCAACUUCUUUGGAGGGCCUUCCUCAUCAUCAGUAAAGGCUUCUGCAAAGCUGAAGCAGCUGGAGGAAGAGAAUGAAGAUGCCAUGUUUGUGUUUGUGUCUGAUGUGUGGCUGGACCAAGCAGAGGUGCUGGAAAAGCUUCACAUGAUGUUUUCAGGUUAUUCCUCUGCACCUCCCACCUGCUUUUUCUUCUGUGGAAAUUUCUCAUCUGCACCAUAUGGCAAAAAUCAAAUCCAGUCCCUGAAAGGUUCUUUGAAGGCUCUGGCAGAUAUUAUAUGUGAAUAUCCCAGCAUCCAUAAAAGUAGUCGAUUUGUGUUUGUCCCUGGUCCUGAAGAUCCUGGGCCUGGUUCUAUUUUACCAAGACCCCCCCUGGCUGAAAAUAUCACUCAGGAAUUCAGACAGCUGGUGCCAUUUUCAGUUUUCACCACAAAUCCCUGCAGGGUUCAAUAUUGCACCCAAGAAAUCAUUAUUUUUCGGGAAGAUUUGGUCAACAAAAUGUGCAGGAACUGUGUCCGCUUCCCAAGCAGCACCAUGGACAUUCCCAACCAUUUUGUGAAGACCAUUUUGUCCCAGGGGCACCUGAGCCCGCUGCCGCUGUACGUCAGCCCCGUGUUCUGGGCCUACGAUUGCUCGCUGCGGGUUUAUCCCGUGCCAGACCUGCUGGUCACUGCUGACAAACACGACCCCUUCACCGUCACCAGCUCCGAGUGCCUCUGCAUCAACCCCGGUUCGUUCCCCAGAAGUGGAUUUUGCUUCAAGGUGUUCUACCCUUCCAACAAGACAGUUGAAGACAGCAAGCUUCAAGGACUCUGAAUUUCUGUGGCACUGAAAAAAGGCAGUGAAACCAUGGGAAACCAACUGUAGCUCUUAUUUUUUACGUGCCUAAGUUUUGUGAUGUAUUGUGGACUUUUUGUAAAAAAUGUCAAAGACUGAUUUGUUUUGUACACAAAUAAACUUUUACAGGAAAA